AUGAAUAGUGACAGCGACAAUGACACGCUGAUCGCUUCAUGUUUCGACUUUAUCGACAUCAAUGACAACUAUGAGAGCGAGAGUGAUGAUGACGAUGUCUUUGUCGACCCGUAUGCAAUGCAUGGCAACACCAUCCACCCGUACAUGAUGAAUGGAAGCCACCCCUACCUGCAUGGCGGCAUAGCCAAUCGCUUCGACCCCAACGAUAAUGACAAUGACAGCGACACGGAAUCGUCCGAAGAUGACGAGUUCAAUCAGUUGGGCGCCCCACGUUCCUCCAUUCAGGGUCAGCCACGUCGAAGAAUGGGUCGCGGUGCCACAAUUGCCAAUCGCAGUGAGAGUGAUGACAGUGAAGACGAGCCCGCCGCCCUGCCACUCAAGGCUCACAGUAUCUCGACCUUCCCUCAAUCGACAUCCUCCCCCAUGGGUGCUCAGGACAGGACAAGGAAGCAGUUUGAGCCAACGUCUGGUGCCGAGGUCCUUUCAGCCUCUGCAUCAACCCCAUCAAAGAAGCAAUCAAACAACCACAACAACAACAACAAUCACUCACAAGGCAGUGGCAAUGGAAGGUACAAGUCCAAAUCAAAGAGUCCAGGCAGUGCCAAGAAGGAGCAACAAGUUGUCAAGAUCCUUCAGAGAAACGACGCCAAUAUAGAACAAGUCAACAAGAUGUUCACUCCAACCAAGACCUCUGCCGCUGCUGCUGACAAGGAUGCCAAGCAGCACACUCCAAGCUCAGAGACUAAGCCCAUCCCUCGUGCCUCCAACAACAGGACACCAAAGAAGGUUGAGCCAAGAGAGAGGACGCCAAAGAAGUCCGCCAGCAACAACAACAGCAACAACAGCAGGAAUGGCACACCAAACUCUGCAGCCACAGCCACAGCAACAUCAACAAGCGAAGUAUCCGCUGCAGCAAAUCAGGAGAGCGUACAACAACAAUUGGACAUUGCAUUGCUGAAGAAGCAGUACAAGGAGGAGAGACUGGUUGGCCGCACAUUGGGCGAGCUCCCCACCGCCUUUGACAUGGACACCGUGACAUUCACCGCGUCCAACCAGUUUGCGUUGCAUGAGAUUGUGUUGGUGCCGCGCUCACGUGGCGGCCUGACCUACGGAAAGAUUCACGAGGUCAUCGCCUCCAACCAGUGUCAUCACGACACAAGCGUGCAUCAUCCCGGAGUCAACUACCGCGCCAUUUACCCAUCCGGCGCCAAGAAGGAGAACCUCUUCAAGGACUUGCCAGCAUCCUACCUCGGCAAGCUGGUCUCACGCGACAAGGUGCCCAAGACCGCCGACUCGAUCGCCAACCUCCCCGCCAACCCGCUGCCAACAACCUCGGCUGCGCCCAUACGUGCAAUCGGUCAAAAGGCAUCGCUGAAGGACUUACACAACCUGGUCUUCUCUCCCGUGAGCAAGUUUGCGCCCAAUCAGAUCGCGCUAGUACCCCGUAGCAAGGGUGGCUUCACAUAUGGAGGCAUACUCAAGGAGUGCAAGGUGCCCUGCAAAGUGGGUGACGUCAAGCAUGAGGUACAAGGAUAUCGCGUGCUUGUUGAGAAGCGCAAAGAGACGACCAUCAUCAAAGACCUGAUCGUUGGCAACAUUGGCAAGAUCUUCAGCGUUGAGAACCAUCACAAGCAUCAGCCUCAUGAGCCUGCACAAGACCAGACUAAGGACGAAACUCAAACACAGUCUCAAGCUCAGGCUCAGGCUCAAACACAGGCACAGGUACAGGCAAGCACCAACGACGACGAUGAGGAUGAUGAUGGCGAGACCAUCCUUUGGAACGGGGAGACCCUUGCCACAACAAAGAGCACCAGUACUACAACUACGAUUGCAGAGACCAACACCAAGCUGUCUCAGCCACCAGUUCCUGGCGCACGCGGCCUCAUUGAGGUGCCUUCCGACUCUGCCGUCUUUCAAAAGUCCAAAAAGAACAGGUCGCCAAUGAUCGUCAUCGAUGGACCAAACGUGGCUUUGAAGUACGGCAACAGCAAGACGUUCUCAGUGUUGGCCAUCAAAAAGGCCAUCGAGUACUACUCGCAGAGAGGCUUCGAAGUGAUCACAUUCGUCCCCGAACAUGUGGCCACGCGCAAGCCAUCCGGCCCCAACGCACCGAUGCGCAUCACUGACUUCCAGCCAUUCGUCGACGACAUGAAGAUGUUCAACGAGCUGGUUGAGAAGGGACUGGUGUGCAUGACGCCGCCCCAGGACUAUGACGACAGCUAUGCCAUUCAGUACGCCAAGAAGCAUGGCGCGAUGAUUGUCACGAACGAUCGAUACAACGACCACAUCAACAAGCAGGAGACAGAGGCCGAGCGUCAGAAGGCCAGGCGAUUCAUCCGUGAGCACUGCAUCUCAUUCACAUUUGCACGCCACGAGUUCCUGCCAAAUCCAGACUUUGUAUUUCCAAACUCUUGA